UUCUUCGCCAUAGUUGGCCAGCUGUCAGUACACGCUGAGUCUCUCCACUUGACUUUCUCGCAAAACGGUCUUUUAUCCCAUCAGAAAUAUCAUAAGAAUUUUACAAUGGGUCGCUGUAACAAGCGAAUGCUUGCAACUAAACUACGGACAUUCAUUCCAUAGCGACACGUUUCAAGACGAAAGCUCGCUACAGCCUGUGAGAAAGCACCCCCGACCACUAACAAAUCCAUCGUCUCCGGAGCAUUACCGACAGGGGAGAGAAAUGACAUCGCUCGUCGGCACUUAUCAACAUGAAAGCAAUGAAAAUCUCGACGAGUAUUUCAAAGCUGUGGGUGUACCAUAUAUUCCACGGAAAAUGAUGUGCAUGUCCAAUCCGCGACUAGAAAUAUCAAACGACGGCGAUAAAUGGACCAUUCGUACCAUUACGAUGAUUCGUACGACAGAAGUGACGUUUACUCUCGGCGAAGAAUAUGAAGAACAUAUGCCCGCCGGAGUUGUACUGAAAAAUCUAACUACAAUGGAAGGAGAUAAUCUAGUGACAGUUUCAGUCGGUCCAGAUAACAACAAAGUAGUGCGGAAGUACGAAAUUACAGAGGAUGGUGUAGUCUUGGUAAUGACUCACGAAACGAGUGGCCAAGUAGGAAAGCGUUAUUUUAAGCGUCUUUCGUAAAUCUUAAUUACAAUUUAAACUAUAAAAUGCUUUUACAUUUCCAUUACGUACGAUUAAAUUUUAAAUUAUCUCAUACAUGUUUGUUGUAACAGUAAAAGACUAGUAUAAAAAAAGCGAGUUUUCGCAUGGAAAAUGCGUACAGUUAGAGAUGCGAAAAAUUUGCCGGAUCAAUCGUAAACCUUCCUAUCGUCGUUCCAGCAUGCGCCCUGCCUAUCUUUGUUGUAUGUCACGUAUUGCACAAUGUAUUGUACAAAAACUGGACUGGAUAAACGAAACUCAUAUUACCAAUUACAAAUAAACAAUUAAAAUCUUA